UUUUCCGGUGAAAUGUAUAGUUUUUAAAACGUUUUCUUUAUCAACUUUCAAAGUACUAGUUUUAAUCAUACGUGAUUAUUUUUUAGGUUAAAAAAAAAGAAGGAUUACAAUUUGGUUACGUUUACAAUUUGGUUAGUAUUCUGAAGAGUAUUUUACAGUAUAUAUUCUUUUCUUUUAUUGUGGAGCUCAAUCACUAUCUAUCACACAAUUCACAAGCAAUCAAAGCUAUAAAGAGUGAGAAUACACGAAAUCAUGAUAAACGAGUUAAAUAGCGACGUUAAUGGUUUUUUGUAUAUGAAAAAGACAUACGAAAGAAGAGAAGGAACAACUUUAUGCACUCUCGAUAGUUGCAUUCCAACAUUGACACAUUCUUUCAUGUUACAAUUAUUAUUUUUAUUUCUGACACAAAAGGUAUCUAAUUUGUAAACACAAAGCAUGCCUACCUAUAUUACUAGUACUACAUUCUUCUUUUCAUUUUGUUCUUUAUCUUUUAUGGAGUAGUAUCUAUUAGUAUUUUAUUUUAAUUUCCGGCUUCGUUACUCUUCUUAUUCCAACAUUUUUCCUCUUUUGCUGCUUUUCCGGAUGGAAAGCCAUUAUAUGAUUACAUUAGAGACCAUUUUCCAUUUGACCGUUACAUUAUGAUGCAUAUAUAUCUUCCAAUUGUAGAAAUACCAAUAUGAAUAAGAAAUCAGGAAUACUGUUACAAAAAAAUAAAUAUCAUAUAAACCAUUGAACUCCUAUGAUCAAUAUAUAAAUCCUAGUUUCGUGUUUCAGUACUUAUCAAUGCAUCUACCAUCGAAAAAUGCCAAAAUAUACAUGUACAUAUAUGUACUGACCUUUUUAAUUUAAUAUUGGGGAACAAAAAAGGUUAUUGUUUUACACAAAGGACAGUGAGUGUUCCUUUAGCUUAUAUAGCUCAUUCCAUAUGUACUAUCAACAGAGAGACAAUAUAUAAUUAACAUAAAGAGCAGCAGACGAAGUUGAUCGAUCUUGAUCAUGGGGAAAACCGGCGGAAGUUCAUGGUUCACGGCGGUUAAGAAAGUUUUCCGAUCGCCCGAGAAGAUAAUCCCUAGAAGAAAAAUUCGUCGACAAGACAACAACGACCUCAUCGAAGAAGAAGAGGACGAACAACACCAACGACCGAAGAGAAGAAAAAGAAGAUGGCUAUUUAAGAAAGCUUCUUCUGAUCCUUCUGCAAUAGACGUCGGAACAAACACAAGAAACGCCGGCAACAUUAACUUGACGGCUGUUGACGUGAUUGUGGCAGAGGAAACCGAGAAAACUGCGUCUUCGACGGCCAAGGAAACCGUCUUUUUCUGUAGGACGUCUGUCUAUCUCAAAAGACACGUGGCUGCUAUUCUCAUUCAGACAGCUUUCCGAGGAUGCCUGGCCAAAACGGCAUUUAGGGCUCUGCAAGGAGUUGUGAAACUACAAGCCCUAGUGAGAGGCCACAACGUACGUAGACGAGCUAGCAUUACUUUGCUUCGGGUUCAGGCUUUGGUUCGGUUCCAGGCUCGAGCUCUAGACCACCGGAGAAAACUUACAACCAAUCACGGCGAUGAAAAUUCCUUAUCUCGUGCUUUCUCUAAACAGAUGUGGAGAACCACAGCGAGAGAAGCUCAUAGUGAAAGUGAAUUAGAGGACACAAGACCGAGUAGGUUAAACCGGUUUGGUUAUCAAGAAACCGGGAGGAGAAUGUCAACUGAUCAGGCUAUCGUUGAACCGGUCAAGAUAGUUGAGAUCGAUACGUACAAUACGUACUCACUCCACCACCGACUCAACGACCAGACGCCAAGUGGGAAGUCUUGCGUCACACGGCAAGUCCAUUCAAUACCUAAUUACAUGUCUAACACUGCCUCAACCGUGGCUAGAUUCCGCCGGCCACAAAGCGUACCAAAGCAGAGAUCAAACCGUACCGGUUUAGAUAACAACGAACCAAGAUUACAAAUGAUUAGAAAGCGAUUGUCAUUUCACAAAGAUAUUACGCAAUCGCACAGUUAUAAUGACGGUGAUGGUUACUUUUGGUAGGAAUGCUCACGAGGUUAUUAAAUAAAUCGAAUCGCUUAUUGAGUAGAGGAUUUGAACCGGUUAUUCAAUGAAAGAUAUUUUAUUUUA